CAGUCUGGUAAUUUGACACAAGCAGUCUCUGUAUAAUCGCUAACACACACGCACUACAACAUACGCAUACAUACACACAUAUACCUUUAAUCAAACACACACUCACACUACAACAUACACAUACAAACACCAGAUACCAUGACAGUAUAACAUACAUACUUACACAUACAGACAUUUAAACAAUGGUACACGCAGAGGACAAGGUAACGCCCAUUAGUUUAUAAACUUCGUCCUGUUUUUCAGAAUUGCCCAGCGACUUUUGCAGAAGCCACAUAUUUUUCUGCUGUUUGAAUAUAUUGAACUUUCAGGAGAUCGAAAAACUUCAGGCUGAAAUCGAAACACAUUGACUUCGACAUGGGUGUAUAUGAGGAGAUUAUGAACAAAAUAAUAAAUGGAGACUUUCAAGAAGUCAAAAGAGGUAUUGAAAUAAGACCAGUUAAUAUUAACCAGACGAAUUCACUGGGUCAGACAUUUCUGAUGGCCGCUUGUGAACGUGGCAGAACAGAUAUAAUAAACUUCCUGAUUGAUACUGGAGCUGAUUUGGAGAUGCGCGACGCGUAUGAUAAUACAGUUUUACAUUAUGCUGUGAAGGUGCGUCAAAUUCAAGCUUUGGAAGUCUUAAUAUCUAGAGGCAGCAAUGUCAACCGGAAGAACAUGUAUGGUUUGACACCCCUCAAUUUUGCUGCGUAUAUGCGGGAUGAAUGGUCAGAUGGUGUGGCAACGUUAUUACAAACAAAAGGCAAGAACAUCAUAGAGGUGAAUCAACGAAAUAAUGAAGGUUUCACACCUCUACACCAUGCCUGCACUCAUGGACACAAAGACACAGUUCACCUCUUAUUGAAUCACAUUGGCAUCGAUGUCAAUGCUUCAGAUAGAGACGGUAACACACCUCUACACCUGGCAGUUCUGAGGUAAGUCUCCAUUGGAUCUGGAAUAUUG